CCAAGGGUUUAAAGCGCGAAUAGCUAUGGAGGGGGCGAGGACCGAUAUUCUCCCGCCGAUCCAUCCAGCGCUGGCGCCGCUGGGUUUUCUACUGGGAUCUUGGCGGGGAGCUGGAGAGGGCGGCUUUCCCACCAUCAAAUCGUUCGGCUAUGGCGAGGAAAUUCGCCUCUGGCACACUGGAAAGCCAGUGAUGGCCUACACGCAAAAGACAUGGAAGGCAUCGUCCGGGGAGCCUAUGCACGCCGAGAGUGGCUACUGGAGGCCCAGGCCCGAUGGCUCGCUCGAGGUUGUCAUCGCACAAAGCACCGGUCUUGCGGAAGUCCAGAUAGGUACGUACGAUACCGAGAACAAGACCGUGACGCUUCACUCCUCGCUAGUGGGAAACGCCAGCAAGGUCACAGCGAUUUCGAGGCGCUUCCAAGUCACUGGAGACGAUGAGCUCAGCUACACGGUAGAGAUGGCCACCUCGGGUACUAAUCAACAGCUUAUGCCUCAUCUUCGAGCGGUCCUGAAGAAAGUAAGCUGAUGAUAAAGCCUCGAGAACAAACCUUUGAAGCACAGCAAUGUAUCUAAAGCUCGAGAUUCCGGCUAUGGCUGUGAGUCUUGUCUUCACUGUCCUAACAUCAAAAACUAUUCUUGUUCGCUA